UUUAAUUAAAUAAAUUUAAAUGAAAUUAUAUUUAGAAUAUUUUAGAUGGAAAAAGAGGAUUUAACUUAUAAAGCAUUAUCAUAAAAUAAUGAAUAUGAUAAUAAUACUAAUCUAGGAAAAGGUUCAUUUGGUGAAGUUAAAAAUGGAAUUUUUAUAGAUCCUUAUACUAAAAAUACAUUUCCAGCAGGAAUUUAGCAGAUGAGUCAUCAAUAAUCUUUAGUACAGGAUAAGGUGUUUUAGAUGGAAAGAGAGGAUUUAAAUUAUAUAGCAGUAUCAUAAAAUAGUAAAUAUGAUAAUAAUAGUAAUCUAGGAAAAGGUUCAUUUGGUGAUGUUAAAAAAGGAUUUUUUAAAGAUCCUAUUUCUGGAAAAAUUUAUCCAGCAGCAAUUAAGCUGAUCAGUCGUCAAUAAUGUUUAUAACAAGAUAAGGAGAAUAAAUAUUAUGAAAAUGAGAUAAAUAUUUGUGAAAGGAUUAUGAAAUUCUAAAAAGAAAAUAAAUAAUAUAACUCAAAUGAAAUGAAUUUAAUAGAAAUUUUUGAAGUCAUUUAAACUGAAAAUUGUGCAUAUAUUGUAAUGGAAUGUUGCGAAUUAAAUUUAGAGGCUUAUAAAUUUAUAUAAGUAAAUAGAAGAAUAGACAUUAUUCAAGCUAUGCAGUUUGGAAGACAAAUAUUAUAAGGGGUAUAAAUAUUGCAUUCAUUAAACAUAAUUCAUAGAGACUUAAAACCAGAUAACAUAUUUCUAAAUUAUGAUGAAAUUACUUAAAGCUAUAAAGUUAAAAUUGGAGAUUUUAACAUAUCUUUAAUAUCAGAUACAUGCAGUUCAGUAGGUACUAUUAAUUAUAUGGCACCUGAACAAGUCAUAGGAAUUUAUAAUUAGGAUUCUAAUUACAAGCUAUCGUACAACAAUAAAAUAGAUUUAUGGGCUGCUGGAGCCAUAAUACAUGAAAUGAUAACAGGAAUAUAGUUAUUUCCAGGUAACUAUCCAAAAAAUGUAUCAAAAGAUAUUGUAAAAUUUGGCUCCUAUAAAUCUAAAUGGGAGAAAUCCCAAAACAUUGAUCUGAAUAGUAUACCUGAAACUAUGAUGGCUGAGUAAAGGAAAUUUAUAGGUUUUUACCUUCCUUGGUAAAGAGUAAAUAAUAAACAAGUAGCUUAUUUUAUAGACAAUCUUUUAAAAUGCAAACCAGAAGAAAGAUUUAGUGCUGAUUAAGCACUACAAGAAAUAAAUAAAAUAUUAAACAGUUAAGAAUUAUAAUUGGCACUUUAAAAUAAUAUAGAAUAGGAAAUCUUAUAAAAAUAAAAAGAAAUGGAUAAUUUGAAAUAAAAUUAUUUAAGGUACAAUCCAAACUACUCUAAUAAUUUUAACUAAUAAUACUUAAAUAAUAAUUACAACUAAGAAUAAACCAUUUAAGCACAAAUCAAUUUUUAGAGUCCUUAAAAUGUAAAUAUUAAUGUUAUUAACAACCAAUACUAAAAUUUUGAUUAUAUUUAAAAUAAUUAAAAUAACUUUGAUUUGACAAAAUAAGGAUAUUAAAACUAAGAGAUGGUAAAUUAUUAGUAACUUAAUUUCAAUUAAAAUCUUAUGAAUAAUAAUUUUAAUAAUAACAACAAUCAAUAAUUAUAUUUUGACUAGAAUAAAUUAUAUCAAAAAAAUUAAGCUGAUAAUCCUUACUUUGUUCAAAACUAACAAUAGAAUAAUUUUGUAUAAUUUAAUUAAAUACAAAAUUAUCAAACAAAUGAAGCAAAUAAAAUAUUAAGUGUCUAGUAAAGCAUGUAAAAUUUAAAUAUCUAACCCUCAACUUAAGGAUAAAGUAUAUAGUAAAGCAUACCCUCAACUUCAGGAUAAAGUAUAUAAAGCUAGAAUAGUUACAUUAAGCCAUCAGCAGCAGGAUACUAAAUGGAAAAAAUUAAUGAAUAAUUAUACAGGUAACAAUUAAAAAGUAUAGAAAAAGACUAUCAAGAGGUCCAAGACUAUCUUAAUUUCAUUAACAAUUUUUUGACGCCAGAGAAUUAAAAUAUACUUUUUAAUUUAAACUCAUUUUAAAAAAUGAAUAUUAAAAGUUAUUACUGUAGUCUUAUUAUAAAGAAAAAUGAUGAUACAAACAAUGAUAAUUCUUAAACGGUUUUAAAAUAAUAUAGAUUAUACCCUUCAUAAUAAUCUCCAAAUUAGAAAUUCUAAGAAUUAAUUUAAAAUUUUUGUAAAAUUUAUGAUUUGCAAGCUCAAAUGAAUUAUUAAUAUUAAUAUGGUGCAGAAAUAAAAAGUAUUACUUAUUAAAUUGGAGAUUAAGAGUAUCCUUAUCAUUUAUUAGAAUUUAGCAAGUUUUAAUAAAAAAUAUAAAGUUCUACUUAAAUAAAUAUUGGCUUUGAAUUUUUUGAAAGGAAUCUUGAAGAUUUUCUAAGGUAAAUAAAAAAAAGAUAAUUAGAUCAUAAAAGCACAAUAGUAGUAAAAGAAAAAUUGAUUAUUUGCUCUCUCAUUGCUUAAUAAUUACAAAGUUUGCAUGAAAAUAACAUUUAUCAUGGAUAAUUAAAUGUCAAAAAUAUUUCUUUCUGCUAAAAGCAAUAACAGUUUUUUUUAAAUUACUAUUCCUUAUUUGAAAAUCACCCUACCUAUCAUAAAGAUGGAUUCUAUUUUGAACAGUCUUAUAUGUCACCGUAAUAAUUGCAAUUCUAAAAAUCCACUUUUGAGGAUGAUAUUUGGGCCCUGGGAGCAAUCUUCCAUUAAAUUUUAACACUAGCUCCCUUAUUUUAGUCAAUUCCUAAAGUUAAAGAUCUUAUAAAUAAAUACUCUGAAAAUUAUUCAGAUAUGUAUGGUGAAGCUCAAGCGUAUAUCUAAGCUAACGAAGAAGGAAAAAAGAAAUUCUCACCUAGCAUUUAAAGGGCUUCUGCACUUUUGGAAAAAAUACCAAAUCAAGAUAUUGCAAAUCUUAUUAAUAAAAUGCUAAGUAAAGAUCCUACAAAGAGACCUAAAAUUCAAGAUAUCAAUAAUGAGCUUAACAGAUAAAAAUAAAAAUAUAAUACAGAAGGCUAAAUUGCACCUAACUGA